AGCACCCCAGGUGCCACCGUGGUGGUUGGCAGUGCAGCCCUUCCCCUAGGGAUGAUGCCGCUGCCUGCAGCAGCGCUCUGAUGCUCACCAGCCACCCUCAUGGUCGGGGCUGAGUGCACACCAGGGGAGAACAAGACUUACUUCCCAUUCUUCUCAGACUUCAGGGGUGGCAACGUGACGGCCCUGCGUGUCGGCGAGUUGGCUGCGCUGGGCUCCGUCUUCCUGCUGGCCUUAGUGGGCAACAUCUGGGGCAUCUGCCUGCUGGUGUGGCGGCAGCAGCGGCUGUGUGCUGCCAACUACCUCGUCCUCAAUCUCUUCUGUGCUGACCUGCUCUUUAUCACCGCCAUCCCGUUCAUUGGCAUCGUGCGCUGGACCGAGACCUGGGUGCUGGGCGACAUCAUCUGCCACAUGCUCUUCUAUGUGAUGACCCUCAGUGGCACUGUUGUCAUUGUCUCUCUCUCGGCUGUCAGCCUGGAGAGGGUCAUCAGCAUCGCUCGGCUGCACCACACUGCCUUCCGCCGCCGCAAGCUGCUGGCUGCUGUCCUCUGCAUCUGGGGCUUCGCCGCUAUUGUCACCUUGCCGCUCUGCUGCUUCUUCACUGUGGUGCAGGUGCCCAGUGUCACUGGUGAGGAGAUUCAUAUUUGUACCUUGGAUUGGCCCAGCCAUGCGGGAGAAAUAGUCUGGGAUGUGACCUAUGCUGUUGUUGUCUUUUUAAUACCAGGAUUAAUCAUUGUCAUCAGUUAUUCCAAAAUCUUACAGAUUACAAAAGCAUCAAGAAGAAGUUUAAAUGCUGGAUUGGCCUACUCAGAAAACCAUCAGAUUCGUGUUUCCCAGCAAGACUACAAACUAUUUCGAGCCCUCAUUGUGUUGAUGAUCUCCUUCUUCAUCAUGUGGAGCCCAAUUAUCAUAACUAUUUUUUUAAUUUUAGUCCAGAACUACAAACAAGAUUUAAAUAUUCUGCCAUCAGUUUUCUUCUGGAUAGUGCUAUUCACAUUUGCCAACUCUGCUGUCAACCCAGUUUUAUAUAAUGUUGCCCAUUUCAGACGUAAAUGUCAGGAAAUUCUCCUCUGUUGUACAGGGAACCCUGUAAGGACCAGGGCUGGUUCGGAAACCUCUGCAAGAAGUAAACGUGAAAAACCUCAUUUAUCUGUCAUUACCAGAUAAUUAUUUAAGGUCUGAACAGUGACUCAUUUUGGAUGUCAGUAUCUAUACUAUCCCAGUUUGACCAGGUUAUCAUGCUAUAGUAUUAUAUGCUAGAGGAGGCAAAAAGAAAAAAAAAAAAAGCAUUCCAGAAAGUAACAUCCUCUUGACUUCACUGCUUUGCCUCAGUAAGAUCUGCACAAUUUAAUCCAAUGGAUUGAACUCU